ACCAGCUUGGGUUUUAUAUUGAUUUCUUUCAAUCUUCAGUUAGCAUAAGAGAAAACCAUUCUUAUUAACUCCAUAGCCAUCUCUCUCAAUAAUACUACUAUACUGUAAUGGAUAACAAGUUGAAAAUGGAGGCGAUUUUGGGGCCUAACUUUGAAACGUUUCUCUCCGAUAUAAUUGAGAAACGAUCGGAGGCUAAGUCCAUGUUGGAAAUGAUGAAGCAAAAGGAUCCCAACAACCUUGCUCUUAAAAUUGUUGACUUUCUCGGCUCUUCCCGAGAUGACGACAUUGAUUACUUACUUCAAAGAGGCAGCUUGUGUAGUAUUUGCUGAACUAGUUGGGAAUAUAAGUGAAACAACGGUAGCCCCUUCCGCAAAGGCUUUGCACUCACUAUUCCGUAAUACACUGAAUGAUGAUACCAUUGAUCUAGAUGUGAGGAUCGCAGCCGUGAGCGCUGUGAUCAGAUUCAUUCAGCGUAUGCCGAGUUCAAACGAAAAGGAGCGUUUCCAGGAUUUGUUGCCGGGAAUGAUGAAGACGUUGACUGACGCAUAUUUGAGCAAAGGUGAGGCUGCAGACGAGCAGGCCCUGAAACAUUUUAUAGAGUUGGCCGAGGAUGAGCCUAGGUUCUUUAGAAGUCAGCUCGUGGAUGUGGUAUCCACCAUGUUUGAGAUAACAGAGGCUGAGACAUUGGAAGAGCGGACGAGGCACUUGGCAGUUGAAUUUUUGAUAACAUUGGUUGAGGCGAAGAAGAGGGCCCCAGGCAUGAUGAAGAGGGUCCCCUUGUUUAUUAGCAGAUGUUUCGCAAUGUUAUUGAAGUUAUUACUAGAUAUUAAGGAUGACCCUGCUUGGCAUAAUGCCGAGACCCUGUUGGGUGAUACAGGGGAUACAAGUAACUACCAUGUUGGUAGGAAGUGUUUAGACCGGUUUUCUCUUGCAUUAGGAGGUAAGUCUAUUGCUUAUGUUGCCAUGGAGCAACUGUCUGCUUACUCGGAUGCGCCAGAAUGGGAGAAGCGCCAUGCAGCUCUCAUGGCACUUGCUUUUAUUGUUGAAGGCUGCUCAAAGGUGAUGAUUAAGAAUUUGGAGCAGCUGGUGACUAUUGUCCUCGAUUGUUGCCAAGAUCCUCAUCCUCGAGUUAGAUGGGCAGUUUGCUAUGCAAUUCAUGAGUUGUUGCGUCAGUUCUCUCCGCAUUUGCAAGAAAAAUACCAUAACCAAGUAUUCCUUGCAUUAGCUGCAGCUAUGGAUGAUUCUUAUCCACAAGUACAGGUUUGUCCUACCGUCUAUGAGUGCUGCAAGUUUCCUAAAAAACAAUUGCAAGCUAAAACAAGAUUAGAUUAUCAUUGAUAUAUGAAACAACCAGCCAUAAGAGCUCUAGUACUGUGCUUUUGGAGCUCUAGUAGUACAGUUGAUUAACAAAUUUUCAUAAGAAAGAUAAGUCUA